AUGAAGCUGUUCUCUCUCCUUCUCGUCACAGCCGAGUGCUACGGCGGGCACUUCCGACGCCCCGGCGUCAAAGAUCCCAGACUUAAUAGAAGUCCGGCGGCACCAGAGGGCAACUGGUGCGACGAGUACGUCGGCAACAGAACGGAAAUUGUAGAAGUGCCGACUGGACGCUACACAACCACCAUGACAAGAUGUGAACCUGGCCAAGCAAACUGUCAGCGACAUCUACGGCGCAUCGCCGAAACCCGAAAAGUAGAAAAACAAGUGCGUCAGUACGAAAAACGUUGCUGCGUGGGAUAUACUGGCAGUGACUGUACUGAGCGGGAGCAAAUCGCUAGCCCUGUCUCUUCAGAAAACUCCGGCGCGAUCGUUCCUUCUGAGAAAUCACAAAUCUUCACAUGUGCCGAUUUCCACAGUUGUACAGCGGACAUUCGGAAUUCAAUUAUCGAGCUUGAAGCGGGCAUCAGAACAAUAAGCAACGAACCUUACUCCCGUUCGCAAAUGCCGUCCGAAAUUCCGGGUCCUGAAGGGCCUCGCGGUCCAGCAGGCCACCCCGGUCGCGCUGGUCCUACUGGUCCGCCAGGGCUGCAAGGAGAAACUGGCCCUCCAGGACCUCCUGGCACUUGCCCUCAAGAAUGCUAUGGAUCGGCCUCAAAUAGUAAUCAACAGGUUGAUUCAAACUUGAUUGAAAGUAUUGUCCAGGAAAGAGUAGAUAUUAUCUCUCGACAAUUACAACAGCAGUUCAAUCAACAAUUGGAACAAUCAGUUAAAGCCAUUAAAGAUCAGAUGGACGCCGUCUUGUACAAAUACGAUGGAAAAAUCAUCGACCUACAGAUGCUGAUCCAGCCGCAGUUGGACGAGAGCAGCAACAGCAUCGAGAUGAUCAAGAACAGAAUACAGAUGAACAAAAACUCGAUUGACUCGUUGAAGUGGAAGUGGGAUGAUGCCGAGCUGGUGUCGCGCGUAACAGUGCUCGAGAACGAAGUGCUCGGCACCGACGUCACUCUUAACCGAACCGGGCACACUGUAUAUUUAGGCGAGGAGCGAGACGAGGUUCAGGUUCUGGCAAUGGACAGUCCUUUUCCGACGACGAGGACUAUGGCAUUUCCUUUCCAUCAAGACACGACUAGAACGCGCCCGCGGCGAAUUAAGGGACGCCACUUCUCGAAACGCCGCGCCUGGCUCCCGUGA